CGCUUGACCGUGGUGGCCACAACCCAAAUAGUAAAAAAUAAAUGCACGUGACAGUCGCGUCGAAAAAGAUGAACCGCGUGUUGCAACGUCACAGCCACAACAGUUAACCUGAACUUCACGCUUUAAUCUCUACAAACACAUCGUUGACGACGGUUCCGACUCACUACGCUUACGACAGAUAAUACCCGUCAUGUUCAAGGGAAUUUUACCCUCAUCAAAAAGAAUAUCUUCCUCAGAAUUCACCAUGGUCACCAGCCUUGGAGAUCCACUCACCGGAAAGGAGAACGUCCCUGACAAUAAUAACGUUGCGGCUCCUACAGUCGCAAAAUCAGGGAAGGGAACUCUUUACAAGGGUAGUUCAAAGCAAGAAAAGUCAAAGACUAUGACUCGGGCCUCACAGGACCUUGUGGUCGAGCCGGUAGUGAUGAACCAAGCCUUUGACAAACUGUUGGACGACCUACAAAUUCCUUCCACUGUUCGUUUGAAGCUAGUUGGCAUGGAUUCAACCGUUAAAGCCGCCAUGCUCAAAUCAUCUCAUGUUCUGACAUCAAAUCCGACCUCUGGCUCACCAAGCACCCCAAUGACAUUGAGAAAAGCACGCAGUAGCGAAUCUGUCGGUUCGCCUCUCCCGCCUUCUCUGAGUUAUGACGAGAUGCCUACGAAAGGCAGUUGGAUGUCUGGUCUCUCCGGAAAGAGUACAACAGAUCUCCACGCACUCGAUAGCAAGCAAGGUCACGACCGCGGUUCAUCCUUUGACGCCGCACGGACAUUAUCUCAUGGUCAAACUUCUCCGGUUAUCCCAGGCGACUUGAUUACGAGCAAAUCCAAGGACAAAGGCUUCGUUAAGAGCAUAACUCCUGUCAAGUUCUGUAGCAUCUUGACAUCGACUUCCAGCACUCAGCUAGGAAUGGAGACAGUCAAGAAGCUCCGACUACUUCUACGAAAUGAGUCGGCAACUUGGUCGGAAGACUUCCUGAGAUUAGGUGGAUACAAUGCUCUGCUGACGCGAUUGAACGAAAUACUCGAAGUCGAGUGGCGAGAAGAGCAGCAUGAUGACCAGAUGUUGCAUGAAUUACUUCGAUGCUUCAAGGCCUUGUCGACUUCUUCAAUAGGUUGCUUUGCUUUGCGCAGCUCGUGUCCAACUCCGUUCGUGCAAUUGGUCUCUUUGCUUUACUCUGACAAGAAACCCGGAGACGUGGCAACGAGACAGCUCAUCGUCGAAUUAUUGCUCAUCUUGUUCGAGUUAUACCCUUCUUCAUCGCUCCCAUCCACUGGUAGCCGUCCACGUCGUGAAGCUUGGGAACCUGAGGGCCGUUCAUCCUCGAGUCUCAUCACUCUCCCUGCGCCACACAAGAAUUUUUACUCGUUGAUCCGUGCUCUCCUCCUGACACCUGCUCCCCCUCCAACCGAAUCGCCUGCGGCGCCUGUGUCACCUCAUGCUUUCAUUGAAUCGCUACAUCGCCCGAGGAUCUAUAAAACUUACCUUCAGGAGCUUUCGGACGUUUGUAGAGAUUACUUCUGGGUGUUCUGUCACCCAAAUAACACAGUCUGGAACUUGGCCGAGGUGGAUGAGGGUAAGGUGGAGAAGCCCAAAGCACCUGGGGGUAUGACUGGAGGUGUCGAAUUCGAAGCUAUGGGGUACUUUACGAUGCACCUCAAACUCAUCAACGCAAUUGCUAGAUCUGCUCAUGAACUGAACCUGCCCAAGGAACACGACAUGUCUACACACCGCUUCCACGCUGACCUAUUUGCGUCUGGAUUCGAGCGGAUCAUUUUGAUAUCGCGCAAGACAUCCGCAACAUAUUAUCCGACGUUGCAUCUCGAGCUUGCGCGAUACAUUGCCUGGGCGGGUGCAGCAAGAUUCGAGCUGCCGUGGACUGUAUCGCGACUGAUUGGUCCUCCCCCAGCAGCAUUAGCCAAGAUGACUGCCAACCAACAACAGAGACCAAGUCGACAAGGCCAAAGCCCACAGAGUUCGGCGACCAAGAGACCCCCUCCGGGCUUUAUUGGGCUGCCGUCUCCUAAGAAGGUUGAACCCAUCAAGUUUGAUUAAAUGGAAGUACUGCGCAGGGAGAGCUGGCUUCCUGGUAGCGGUUUUUUUUGAUCUAAACCGAUGAUGAUCUCAUUCGUUCUGUUGUACGUUUUAGCCAUGCUUUUUUUUUUUUUUGCUUUUCUUACAAUGAGGUGCACGAAACAUGAUAAAUUAAUUACAACAAUAAAAUGUUGGAAGUGUCUGGGUUAUA